CGGCGCCGAAGCCAGUGGCCGACAAGGUGAUGGCCAGCACGGCGAACCUGGCGCAGCUGCUGCCGACGGGGACGGUGCUGGCGUACCAGGCGCUGUCGCCGUCCUUCACCAACCACGGCAGCUGCAACGACGCCAACAAGUGGCUCACCGCCGUGCUGGUCGGCGUCCUGGCCGCGCUCUCGCUCUUCUUCUCCUUCACCGACAGCGUCGUCGACGGGGACGGCAAGCUCUACUACGGCGUGGCGACGCGGCGCGGGCUUAACGUGUUCAACAUGUCCCGGAAAGAGGAGGAGGAGAAGAACUUGGGGCACAGCGAGCUGUGCCUAAAGCCCGUCGACUUCGUGCACGCCUUCUUCACGGCGAUGGUGUUCCUCACCGUCGCGUUCAGCGACAUCGCGCUGCAGAGCUGCUUCUUCGGCCAGAAUCCAGGCGGCAACACUAGCGAGCUCCUCAAGAACCUGCCGCUGGGCAUGGCGUUCUUGUCGAGCUUCGUCUUCAUGAUCUUCCCGACCAAGAGGAAGGGUAUCGGAUACAACGACAGCACUCCCCACCUCCAGGCGGAAGACGUAGUUAAGAACGAUCCUCAACCAUCUCAAAAUAAAUCUGUUUCUAAAGUUUAAAUUUUGUGUAAAAAUGAUUUAAUUCCUAUCUUCCAGUCAAUUAUCGCGCCACAAAACUCAAAGAAAUUAACCCUAUACCUUUGACACCCUAGCAAUACCGUUUCGUAUUGAUGAGGGUAUUCUGUUCUUCUCCUUCCAUCGUAGGAUGCUAGAAAUUGUAUACACAUGUAGCUCUC